AUUAGCAGUGUAACAGCGAGAUUGCAGAGAAGUGAGCAUCAGGCUCAUGGAGAUGAAUGGAUUGAGGUCCUAGUGGCGGACUUGUUUCGCCGCCCAAGUCCUCCGCCAACUCGGGAGCAGUUGGAAUUAUUACGUGAGCUCCUAGAGCACGAGUGUGAAAUGAAGCGCCACGAAUUGGUAGAACCAGUACCGGCACUGGUUCACGAUGAAGAAGAGGGGAGAGAGUUGGCGGAGUGGCGACAAAUGUCACAUGAGCACAAUGAGGAAAGUACCGAUGUGAUACCGAGGGCGUCCGCGAUAACGGAAAAAGGUCACGAGACAAUACCAGCAGUUCCGGAAGCCUUCCAUGUGUCGGUGGUGGAAGGUUUACUGGCACAAUACCAACAGCUGCUGGUUGUACCACCGAUUGACCCGUACACAGUAAUUAGAAAUACUAACGGAUCUAUAAUAAUUGAAUGUGACAUGUGUCCUAAAGAAUUUGGGACCCUAAAGGGAUGGCGAUAUUCAUGCCGCCAAACUGCAUCGGCAGAACGCUUUUGCCAAAAAUGCGGUCAUUUCGUCAACAUGCCGCAUAUCCACUCCGAUGAAGAAAUCCCAGGUGCAAUGGAACUUCAUUCUUCGAAAUGUUUCCCAAGGCCACGAAAGCCGUAA